UUACCCAUUAUUAUAAGUCUAGUUCACUAAUUCUAGUCCAUCUUUAGUUGCAGAUGUUGAUGUUGAUGCCCACCAACUUAUAUCAGAUUACAAAAACUACAUUAAAAAAACAUUUGAUAAAAUGAAAGAUCCUAAUGCUGUUCCUGGUGAAUAUGUACUCCUGAAUCAGAGAUAUUCAAAAUUAAUCAUGCUAGAUGAUCACCAGUCUGAAGAGGAGAGAGAAGAUGAAAUUAUGGCAACAGGAAGGAAACAUGUUGAAAUCAUCAGCAAGAGAGCCAAGUCUUCAACCAGCAUUGAAAAAUUAUUUAACCCUGAUAAACAUGGAUUAAUUCCACAAGUAGUUGUGUUGCAAGGAGCUGCAGGAAUUGGAAAAACUAUGAUGGCCAAAAAAAUCAUGUUUGAUUGGGCUUCUCAACAACUUUACCAAAACAAAUUUAAUUAUGUUUUCUAUAUUUAUUGUAGAGAGAUGAAUCUCCAUGCAGAAUCAGAAAAGAGUAGCAUUGCAGAGAUAAUUUCAAAACAGUGGCCCAAAUAUCAUGGAAUGAAAAAUGUCAUUCGAAGCAUACUGAAAAAUGAAAACAAGCUUCUGUUCAUAAUUGAUGGUUUUGAUGAAUUACGAUAUUCCUUUGAUGAUCAGUGUGAAGUCUACUUUUGCACUGAUCCCUGGAAGGAGGAGCCAGUGAGAAUUAUUUUGAGCAAUUUAUUUCAAAAAAAGCUUCUACCUGAAUCUUAUCUUAUAAUCACAACAAGACCUAUUGCUUUGGAGAAACUCCAUCGAUGUUUAGAGCACCCACGGUAUUUUCAGAUAUUGGGGUUUUCUACAAAGGAGAGGGAAGAAUAUUUCUACAAUUUUUUUGGAAAUAAAGACCAAGCAACUGAAGCUCUCAGAUUUGUGAAACAAAAUGAUAUGCUUUUCACCAUGUGUGUCAUUCCCCUUGUGAGCUGGAUCAUCUGCACAGUGAUGAAGCAGGAGAUGGAGAGAGGCAAGGAUCUGCAGAAGACACCAUGCACCCUCACUGCAAUCUAUAUGCUGUAUCUCUGCAGCUUGUUAAAGUUUCACCAAAAAAAAUCCAAACAGGAUGUCCAAACCAAUGUGAAAGGUUUGUGCUCUUUAGCUGCAGAAGGAAUCUGGAAACAGCAAAUAUUAUUUAUGGAGGAAGAAGUCAAGAAGCACAGUUUGGAUCAGGAACAAUCCCUUUCCCUCUUUCUGAAUGAGAACCUCUUCAAAAGAGACAUUGAUUGUAUUCAAACAUACAGCUUCAUUCACUUAAGCUUCCAGGAGUUUUUUGCUGCUUUGUUUUAUGUUCUAGAAGAAAGAGAGGAGCAACAUUCUGAAAAUCGGAAUAAACAUUUGCAGACACUGUUAGAAAGACAUAUAUAUUUUAGGACUGAUUUUGUAGUAGGAUUUCGCUUCCUCUUUGGUUUUUUAAAUGAAGAGUGAUGGAAUGAAAUUGAAAAAGAGUUAAUAUUUUGUAUGACCACUAGAGGGAGCCAAGAGAGAGUUUUAGAAGAGAACUUUGUAAUCAUUUAAUUGGUUAAAGAAAAACAAUGUUAGAAGUUGAUUGGUUAAAUGUCAUAAUUCUAUAUAAGGUAAUAGUUAGGGCGUUACUGUCGCUGACUAGUUUGUGACCGCCCCUAUCAGGCUAGCUGAUAUGGGAGUAGGAGGAGUUAGGGAGGGUAUAACUGCUGUCUCACUUUCAUUGUGGGUGUGGCU